GAGUACUUGGCGCUGGACUGUCACUCGGCUGAAAACAAUACGCUCCCACUGCUCGAGUUGUGCAUGGUGGCAAACGAACAGUUUCCGAAAUGACGUCCGAGGAAAUGACAAAAUCGCGGAUUCUGCCUCGAAGAAAACUGACGCGGAUUAUGGGGGUCGACUUCGCUCCGAUGAACACUCCAUGGGAACGUCGGCUCCAAACCUUCUCGGCUGCCUCCAUGAGUUUCUCGUUCCUGUUCGCCGGUCUCGGGGGAAUCAUCCUGAGCAUGUUUUUAUUUUUCUUCACGAAUCAUUACUGGAUACCGCUGAUAUACAUGGUGUGGUACAUAUACGAUUUAGAAACAUGUGAACGAGGCGGCAGACGAUGGCAGCGACUUCGGGAGCUCCGUGUCUGGAGAUAUAUGAGAGACUACUUCCCGGUUCAUCUCGUCAAAACCGCCGAUCUCCCGGCGGACAGGAACUAUAUAAUUGGUUACCACCCCCACGGAAUCAUGAGCUUCGGUGCCAUGAUCAACUUUGCGACGGAAGGGACCAAGUUCAGCGAUUUCUUCCCGGGGAUCUUCACGCAUGUACUGACGCUGCGCCUAAAUUUCCUCUUCCCUUUCUAUCGAGAACUGCCGCUCCUGUACGGGUGCUGCAGUGCCUCCAAGGAAUCGAUCGAGUGGAUCCUUAAUCGGAAAGGCAAGGGUCAAGCGGCGGUGAUUGUAAUUGGUGGGGCUCAAGAAGCCUUGGACGCUCAUCGUGCCGAUGAUUAUCACCUUACGUUGAAGCACCGCAAAGGAUUCGCGCGACUGGCGUUGCAGUACGGAGCUGACCUGGUGCCUGUUUUUUCUUUCGGGGAGAACGACAUUUUCGACCAGGUGGAAAACCCCCGCGGCUCGAAAUUGCGUUCCUUCCAGGAGUUCGUUAAGAAAAUUGUCGGCUUCUCACCGGCUUUCUUCCAUGGACGAGGCGUAUUCCAGUACACCUGGGGUUACGUGCCCUUCAGAUCGCCAAUCACCACCGUGGUUGGAGCGCCGAUCCGUGUGGAACGUGUGGCGAAUCCAACGCGCGAACAAGUAGAAGAGCUCCACGGGAAAUACGUUGAACAACUGCGCGGGAUCUUCGAAACGCACAAGCAUCGAUGCGGGGAAUCUCACAAGAAGCUAAUGAUUGAUUGAACCCUAUUGGACUGUCUAGUUCCGGAAUGGCCUCGCGGCCGUGCCGAUUUCAUCAUGAAGCGGCGAGUCGUACCUCUGCCCACAGAUCAAUGACUGAAUAAUCAGCGACUGCUUAUAAGGAGGCUUCUGGAUGUCCUUGCCUGGAGCGGUGUGAAUCUGUCCU